CCUGCCAGUAGGUCCCUCCCUCCCUCCGUCUCUGCGCAUAAGUAUACGCAGCCUGCUAUCCCAGGCAUGGAUGUCGGUUGCAGCGAGUCAUGGCGGUGCGACAUUAUACUCUCGAUUUCAGCCUCUCUACACCAGUUGACACGGCCUCGGUAGUUCCAGGUCUACUGUGCAUAUUUCAUGAGCAGGAGCUGACAGAGACGAUCCAUGAUACAAAUGGACAUGGGUAUCUGGCUACAUUUGUUGGCAAAAACGGGCGGCUUGUCAUUCUGCGUGUGCACUCCCAUGGGUUGGUCACCAUUGAUCUGCAGUGUCACGAAGACGAUAACAUUGCACAAUUAGACAAUCUUUUAAAUGCACUGGAAAAGAAGCUAAAAGCUCUGCUAAAUGGCAGUAUUACAAGGAUUAAAAGGCUUCCAGCGUUGGUGCGAGGAGCAAAAGUUGACCGAUACUGGCCCACUGCUGAUGGCAGACUGGUGGAAUAUGACAUCGAUGAAGUGGUUUAUGAAGAAGAUUCUGCUUACCAAAACAUUAAGAUAUUACACUCACGGCAGUAUGGAAAUAUCCUAGUGCUCGAUGGAGAUGUCAACCUUGCAGAAAGUGAUUUAGCCUACACAAAAGCCAUCACAGGGAAUGGAAGAGAGAGCUAUGCUGGAAAGGAGGUGCUGAUAUUAGGAGGGGGUGAUGGAGGCAUCCUUGCUGAGUUGGUCAAACAAAAGCCAAAGAUGAUCACCAUGGUGGAGAUCGACCAGAAGGUGAUUGAUGGGUGCAAGAUGCACAUGAGAAGGACUUGUGGCAAUACCUUGGACAACCUGAGGGGUGAUUGUUACCAAAUUCUAAUUGAGGACUGUGUCCCUUUGCUGAAGAAGUAUGUCCAGGAAGGAAGAACAUUUGAUUAUGUAAUAAAUGACCUCACUGCAAUCCCUAUAUCCACUGCACCCGAAGAAGACUCUACUUGGGAGUUUCUGCGUCUCAUCUUGGACCUGUCGAUGCGCGUCCUGCACCCCAAGGGGAAAUACUUCACACAGGGUAACAGUGUGAAUCUGAAAGAGGCACUGAGUCUAUAUGAAGAGCAGCUGGGGAAGCUUUCAUGUCCGAUAGACUUCCGAAAAGAGGUGGUGUGUGUGCCCUCCUAUUUGGAGCAAUGGGUUUUUUACACCGCAUGGAAGAAGUGACAACCUCCUUUUUAUUCCUGCUAUAAUUCCCAGCAGCUGGAAUGUGAAUGUGUGAAUGCUUCUUUGUUUUUUCCCGUAGCCUUGAAGGUGUGGUCAGACUGAACGUCAUGGUAAAAGAAAAGGACACAAAAAGUUAAAAUGUUAAUUGUUACUGAGCCUUGCUACUUUUACAAUCAACUUGCAUAUAAAAAGUAUAUAAUUUUUUUAACUGGCACAUGCUGUGAGACUGUUACCUGAGUGAUGAGCUGUGAGCAGAUCUGACUUCCAUGUUCUUCCUAAGGGUUAAAAUGCUGAAUAUUCAGAUUUAUAGAAUGUAAUAUAUUCUUUCAAAUGAAAGGUGUAAUGCAGUGUAAACUUUAAUUUACUGUUUUCUAAACCUGAAGGAAUGUUUGAUUUUAAAGCCUCAACUUAGUGCAUCCUCGGUUCCUCACGUUGGACCAUCGUGGUGAUGUAACUCCCAAGAGGAAUCUAUAGAUCCCAGUGUUCAGUGCAGCAAAUAUCUGCAUCUACUUCUGUUUGUUUUGGUAAAACACUCCAACCUAUUUUGAGCCGCUUAAUGUGGGGUUAAAAAAGAAAAAGGUUCAUUUAAGUUCAGUCUGAUCUCACCUCAAGGUACACAUGAAUAUUUUUAUCUUCAUUUAAUCCUCUAGAUUUUAAUUGUUUAUCAAUGUUCGCUGAAACAUUUUGGGUUGGACUUUUUCUAUGUUCUUAGAUUUACUUUUUUUUGCAUGGAUUCUGAAGAAACCUUUCCAUUUAAACACUGUCCUGAUACACUGACGUGGUAAUUUAACCCACCAUACACGUGUGAUCUAUUAUCUUAGACCUUGAGUUGUGAACCUGUUGUGAGUUGCUAUUAAGCUUUAUUUUGCUUGUUUUUGCCACUGAAAUGUGAUGCAAUUCUGCCUGUAUCAAGGCAGUGCGUUUCAUCCCCUUUAAGUCUUAAUUGUUGUAUUCUGGGUGUGUUUUAUUUUUUUUUUAAAGGGAACGAUUCCUCAUUGCUGCCAUCUUUGUGCUUGUGCUGUUUUUUAUGUUAUGUUUUAUUAGCACCUUUGAGGUCUCCUGAUACAAUAAUUAUACUAGGUGCAUGCUGAGGACGAUGAAUGUAGCAUAUAUAUAUUAUAUAAGUACAGCACAUUAGAUGGACCCUGUGGGUGUUUUUAUUUAUUCAUUAUAGACUCACCAAAUGCUGUUAUGUUCAUUUGUUUGACCAUCUACGAUUAAAGAGUUUUUGGGGAAAA